UGUUGUCAGGUGGCGGCUGCGGCUGUCUUUCCUUUCCCAGGUGGUCCUCUGCCAAAGAUGGCAGCCGCCGCGCGGCCGGGGCCGGAGGAGCUGGCCCUGCUGGAGCAGCUACUGGGCCUGCCGAAAGGGAACAAGUACGGCGUCCAGGGGGAGCGGAAGAUUCCUGUUCUUCAAACAAACAAUGGACCUGGUCUGACAGGAUUAAUGACCAUAGCUGCCCACCUAGUUAAACAGGCUAAGAAAGACCAACUGCUUGGAAGUACUGCAGAAGAGAAAGCUGUUGUUCAGCAGUGGUUGGAAUAUAGAGUGACUCGAGUAGAUGGAGGCUCUAGUAAAGAAGAUACUAGAAUAAUUCUGAAGGAUCUUAACGUACACCUUGAAGAUAAAGUCUACCUUGCAGGAAACAUUUUUACCUUAGCAGAUGUUUUGAUGUACUAUGGAUUGCAUCACAUCAUGGUGGACCUCACAGUGCAAGAAAAGGAGAAAUACCUUAAUGUGUCUCGUUGGUUCAGCCACAUUCAGCAUUAUCCAGGUGUCCGACAACAUCUGUCUAAAGUCAUCUUUAUGAAGAACAGAUUAUACACUAAUGCUCAUUAAGGAAAAUCUCUGUGUCAUGUUAGAAGGGUGUUUUGGAGUUUAGAAAUUGUGAUGUCCAAAACCACUACCCUGCAAAUACUGGUUUCUAACCUUCUGUAUGUGAACCAAAACUGUUGAUGCCUCAAAUAAUACAAUUGCAUUGAAUUGCUAUUGUUUGUUCAAGAAUUUGAACUAGUUAAAGAAUUGUAUCAUGUAUCUGAUUAAAUGCAACAAUGGUAGAAAGAUGGAAAAUGAGUUUCAAUUCACUAUUUUUUAAAAAAUGAAAAGUUCUUUCAAUUAAACAUUCAAGUGUAAUUACAUGGUCUUUGUAGGAAAGAAUUACUUAUUUUCCUUCAAUUAUUCACUCCUCUUGCUAUUUAUUGAAUUUUUACAUAUGUCCCGCUUUCCUUUCAUUUUAUUUUCCAUGGAUGUUUACACUAGUUUUGUAAAAGUUAAGAGCUAUAUUGUGUGCCAAGGAUGUGAAAAAGGGAACAUGCAAAUGUUACAAAGUAUUUAUGUGACUGAAUAAAUUAUUUUAAAACUGUA